AUGGAAGAUGAAGGAGGUGGAGGAAGGUGUGCGAGGGGGAGCUCACACCCACCCGGCAGCGGAGACCGCCCCUCCGAGAGUCCCUUCGGCCAAGCGACCCGUGUUACCCUCCCUCAGCACCCUCGGCGAGGGACCGUCACCAAGAACGCUCCCCCCGACUUUGUUGCAGCCCCGGAGGGGCUCAGUUGCGUUCGUUCCCUGAGACGUGGUUGCGGGCGCUCUGCUGGUUUCACGGUGUGUCAGAGCACGGUGCGUGCGCUGGUCUCGCAGACUGGCAGAGCCCUGCCCUUGCCUACAGACACUGCCCGGGGCUGGCCGGCCCGCUGGCUGCAGGGGGGUCUGAUCACAAAGCUCAGAGUAACGCUUGAAAAAUGUGAUCACGCUGAAGUGAACAGCACGUUCACAGAGAUACUAAUGAAUCUUUAAUAUUUUCUUCCCUGUAGGAUUUCAUAUGAUCCCACAAGAUAUCCUAAAUACAUUCCUGAAGCAUACUGCCUGUGCAAGGGCUGCCUCAUGGGGAUCUUUGGCGAGGAGAAUUUUCAUUUCCGCAGCACCCCUGUGUACAUGCCAACAGUCAUCCUCCGCCGCACGUCAUCGUGUGCUGGGGGCCGUUACGUCUACUCGGAAGAUUAUGUCACUAUCCCAGUAGGCUGCACUUGUGUACCUGAGCAAGAAAAAGAGGCUGAAAGUGUAAAUUCCAGCAUAGAUAAGCAAGAAAUGAAGUUGCUGGUGAGCCAGAACAAGCCGUCAUCAGAAUGA